AUGGCUCCCCAGAAGGUUUACGUUGUCGGUGUCGGCAUGACCAAGUUCAUCAAGCCCAGAGACUUGAGAGAUUACCCUGAUAUGGGACGUGAGGCUGCCACCAAGGCCCUGUUGGAUGCCGGUAUCACCUACGACAAGGUCCAGCAGGCUGCUGUCGGUUACUGCUACGGUGACAGCACAUGUGGACAGCGCACCCUGUACCAGCUGGGAAUGCACCAGAUCCCCAUCAUCAACGUCAACAACAACUGCUCGACCGGCUCCACCGCCCUGUUCUUGGCCCGCCAGGCGAUCGAGUACGGCAUUGCCGACUGCACCAUGGCCCUCGGUUUCGAGAAGAUGGAGGCCGGAUCGCUCGGAUCCAAGUUCGAGGACCGCACCAACCCCUUGGACAAGACCGUCACCAUGAUGAGCGAGACCCGCGGCAUCAGCGCUGGUCCCUUCGCGGCCCAGAUCUUCGGUAACGCCGGUAUUGAGUAUUGCGAGAAGUACGGCGCCACUCCUCAGCACAUGGCCAAGAUCGCAGAGAAGAACCACCGCCACUCGGCCUUGAACCCUUACUCCCAGUUCCGUGACAUCUACACCUUGGAGCAGGUCGAAAAAUCCAACAAGGUCUUCGGACCCCUGACCAAGCUCCAGUGCUGCCCCACCUCUGAUGGCUCUGCCUGUGCCAUCCUUGCUUCCGAGAAAUUCGUCAAGGAGAACAACUUGCAGGACCAGGCUGUGGAGAUUGUUGCCCAGUCCAUGGCCACGGACUCGCCCAAGCUGUUCAACGAGUCCUCCAUCGAGUUGGCUGGUGCUGAUAUGACCCGCCGCGCUGCCAAUGAUGUCUUUACCAAGGCCGGUAUCAAGCCCACGGAUGUCCAGGUUGUUGAGCUCCACGACUGCUUCUCUGCCAAUGAGCUGAUCACCUACGAUGCUCUCGGACUCUGCAAGCCCGGCGAGGCCCAUAAGUUGAUCGACACCAACGAUGUCUCAUACGGUGGCAAGUACGUCGUCAACCCCUCGGGUGGUUUGAUCUCCAAGGGUCACCCUCUCGGUGCCACCGGUUUGGCCCAGUGCUCCGAGUUGGUCUGGCAGCUUCGCGGCUGGUGCGGUGAGCGCCAGGUCCCCAACUGCAAAUAUGCCCUCCAGCACAACGUCGGCCUCGGUGGUGCCGUCGUUGUUUCACUCUACAAGAAGGCCGAUCUGGGCUCAUCUCCAAAGUACGUCGAUUCGCGCAAGCGUGUUGGCUACAACCCUGCCACGGAGGCUCGCGAGGUCUCGGAGGAGGAGGUCCAGUCCGUCCGCGCAAAGGAGAACUCCGAGUUCAUGGCUCGUCUCUAA